UUAAUUCUUAACGGCAUAGUAUAUAUAUCGAACAUAUAGCAAAGAAAAGGACAUUAAAAAGGAUAUAAACGAAAGAAAAGAUUCAUCUGUUCAAUCAUUAGAAAUGGAAAAACGUUAUUUGGAGAAUCCCUUUCCCGAUUAUGUCAAUAAACAAACCACUCCCUUAGAUUACGAUGAUGAACAUGUAAAGAAUCUAAUUUGUACUUACGUCGAUGCCAUUCUUGAACAUUGUCGACCCGGCUGUGAUGACGAGGAUCAUAGAGGUGAUUUAUAUGUUGGAAAUGCUGGUAUUGCGUUUAUGUUUUGGAAGAUGGCCAGAUCAGCUCAAUGUCAUGACCUUUACCCAGCAUUGGAACAUGCCCAUGCCUUUAUAAGAAAUGCCAAAGCCAAUGCUGACCGCUAUAAAAAACGUUCGUCCGAACGUUACUCAUUUUUAUGUGGAAAUGCUGGUAUUUAUGCUGUAUCUGCAGCAAUUUCUCAUGAUUUAAAAUUGACACAAGAUUUAUCGGACGAUUUAAUGAAUUUCAAAAGCGGCAUAGCACCCAGUAAAGAGUUUAUGCACACCAAAUACGGUUGCGACGAAGUGCUAGUGGGAAGAGCUGGUUACUUAUCCGGUUGCUAUUGGUUGAAUGACGUUUUAACGGAGAAAAAAAUUACCGAUGAUGAUGUAUUAUCUAUUUGCCAAAUGGUCCUAGCUAGUGGUCGGGAAUAUGCUAAACAAACAAGAGCACCAUUGCCUUUGAUGUAUCAAUACCAUGGAACCGAGUAUUUGGGUGCAGCUCAUGGUUUGUGUGCCAUUUUACACAUGUUGUUAGAUAGUCCCUGGUUUCAAACGGAUCCUAUAUCAGCUCCCAGUGCGGAAAUAAGGGAUAUAAAGAGAUCAAUUGAUUUCUAUUUGAUGCUGCAAGAUGAGGAGGGUAAUUUUCCAGUAGCUUUGGAAGACCUUAAAAGUGGCCGAGAGAAACGUUUGGUACACUGGUGUCAUGGUGCACCCGGUGCAGUUUAUCUACUAGCAAAAGCAUAUUUAAUAUUUAAAGAAGACAAAUAUAUGCAAGCUUUAAAAAAAGCAGCCGACUUGGUAUGGCAUAAAGGAUUUUUACGCAAGGGACCAGGUAUUUGUCAUGGCGUCGCCGGCAACGGUUACGUUUUCCUAUUACUCUAUCGUCUCACCCACGAGCCUGUUUAUAUGUACAGAGCUAUCAAAUAUAUGGAACUAUUAAGCAAUUCUGAAUUUAAACUACGUGCUCGUACUCCCGAUCGUCCUCAUAGUCUUUAUGAGGGUGUUGCCGGUACUGUAUGUUACUUAAUAGAUUUACUUGAACCAGAUCAAGCUUAUUUUCCCUUUAUGGAUGUCUUUCAUUGAAUUGUACCACAAUGGAAAUAUUUUGUAUGAUUUAAAUCGAAAUUAAAAGGCAAACCUCAUAUAUGAUGCCUUGUUUUUUGCUGUCUCUCUAAAACUCAGAACUUUGAACCUCACUCACGCAUAUCAGGGAACUUACAUAAGUGGUAGACUAUUUUUCAUUUGAUAUUAAUACCAUAAUUAUUAUUUCAAUGAAUUCAUAUUUGUACUUUGCUCAACUUGUGUUAUAUAGACUUCAUCUGAUUGUGAGUUAUUGUAUAUUUUUUUCGUUUACACUUGAAUAUUUUUUUGUGUGUUUCCCAUAUCCAACAAUUGGCAAUGAAUGUGUCUUAAAUUAAUUCCAAAACGAUAAAAAUAUCAAUUAGCAAACAAAAAACUACGACAGUUUACCAAAUUAUUUGUGUUCGUUUUUACAAUUAUAAUAUGAAAAUGAUAAUAUGUUUCAAAUCUUGUAUUUUUAAAUUUUUGCAGAGCAAUUCUAUUUUGUGCUUUAAAACUAUUGAUAUUAACUUUUUACAUAAAUUAUGUAUUUGUAUUAUUUACAUAAACCAAACAUAAAAUAGUAUUUUGAAAACUAUUUAAUAAAUAUUAACCAUUUACUCCAAAAUAAAA